UCGCGAUCAGUUUGCUGCUUACUGGGAGCAUCACCUCUAUUCAUACUGAUCAUUAGAGGUGAGAGAGGUGAAAAUAUGUCUGCUGCUCUGGAUGAGUACUGUGGGUCAACUUUUUGGAAUGACUCGUAUCUGGAUCGCAUGGAUCCGGACUUACCGGUGUGUGUGGAGAGAACGGUGUUGGUUUGGGUACCGCUGGGAUUUCUGUGGCUUUGUGCUCCCGUACACUUGGUCAGACUCUUCAAGAAAAAAGCUCCCAAAUCUCCAUUCUCCAAACUCUACAUCUGCAAGCAGGUCAUGGCAGGACUUCUGUUCCUGACAGCUAUUGCUGGACUUGCUGUCACACUUGCUGAAGAUUACAGACCGAUGGAUAACUCAUUGGUUAAAAAAAAUCCUGCUGUGCUUUACGUUAAUCCUGUCCUGUUUGGAGUCUCUUGGGCUUUGGUGAUGUUAAUCCAGGAAGCUGUUCGACGCAAGGAGAGAACCGUCGAUUCUGCAAGCCUCUUUCUGUUCUGGCUGCUGUUGGUCAUCUGUGAUAUCUUUCCUUUCCAGACCCUUCUAAGAGAUGCCUUAAAAGAGGAGAACAUAGCAGAUCUUCCCAGGUUCUGUCUUUUCUACAUAGCCUUUGCACUUCAGCUGGUCGCUUUGGUUUUAUCAGCCAUUGCUGAUGUUCCACCUGAACUUAAGGAGGUGGUAAAAAAGAACGCUGAAGCUGGUGCUGCAUUUCUUAGCAGAAUCACUUUCAACUGGUUUAACUGGAUGGUCAUCAAUGGCUACAAAAGGCCACUGAUACAGGAGGACAUGUGGGAGUUGAACGAGAAGGACAGCACGGACUGUAUCAGCCAGAAGUUUGAGGGGAUUAUGAAGGAUGAGCUAAGGAAUGCUCGGCAAAAGCUACAGAAGAAACAGAGCAAGAAUAAAAAAACUACACUGAAGCCUGAUCGUGACCAGAAUGGCCUGGCCAAGGGAGUCAGUCAGGAUAUCCUGGUCAUGGAGGAGAGAGGAGAAAAGGCAGAAAAGAAGAAGGAAAAGAAGGAAAAAAAGGACAAUGCUUCAGAUUAUCCUGACUCCUGGCUGGUGCCCACAAUUAUGAAAACCUUUAAAUGGGCACUUAUAGAGUCUGCUAUCUUCAAACUAUUACAAGACCUUCUUUCAUUUGUGAGUCCACAGCUGCUCAAGGUCAUGAUAUCCUUCACGCAGGACAAAUCGAUUUAUAUAUGGUGGGGUUACAUUUAUGCUGUACUGCUCUUGAUUGUGGCAAUUCUUCAGUCCUUGUUCCUCCAACAGUAUUUUCAGCGCUGUUUUGCUCUGGGUAUGAAAGUACGCACAGCAAUCAUGGUAGUGGUGUAUAAGAAGGCACUGGUCAUGUCUAAUAAAGCAAGGAAGGAGUCCACUGUAGGGGAAACAGUCAAUCUGAUGUCAGCCAAUGCUCAGCGCUUCAAUGAUGUCACCAACUUUAUCCACCUGUUGUGGUCGUGUCCACUGCAGAUUGUUAUGUCCAUAGCAUUUCUGUGGAUUGAACUGGGGCCUUCUGUUCUCGCCGGUCUCUUGGUGAUGUUGCUUAUGGUUCCCAUUAAUGGGUUACUGGCCACCAAAUCCAGGUCUUUGCAGAUGGAAAACAUGAAGUUUAAAGACAAACGCAUGAAAAUGAUGACUGAAAUCUUGAACGGCAUCAAGAUUCUUAAGCUUUAUGCUUGGGAGCUCUCUUUCCAGGAUCAAGUUCAAGACAUUAGAGAGAAGGAGUUGAAGGUGAUGAGGAAAUUCGCCUACCUGUCGUCCGUCUCCACCUUUAUCUUCUCCUGCGCUCCAGCUCUGGUAUCAUUGGCGACCUUUGCUGUUUUUGUGUCUGUGAGUCCGGAUAACAUCUUAGAUGCACAGAAAGCUUUUACGUCCAUCUCUCUCUUCAACAUACUGCGUUUUCCUCUGGCCAUGCUCCCCAUGCUGAUUUCCUCCAUUGUACAGACAAUCGUAUCCAAAAAAAGGCUGGAGAAGUUUCUUGGUGCAGAUGAUUUGGACACAAUGGCAGUGCAGCACAGCGACAACAAGGGCACAGCAGUAAAUGUGAGCAACGGCACUUUUACCUGGGGGACCGAUUCCAACCCAGCUCUGAAGAAUGUGUCUCUGGAUAUUAAACCAGGUUGCCUUGUGGCUGUGGUGGGAGCAGUGGGUUCGGGCAAAUCCUCUCUGAUCUCAGCUCUGCUCGGGGAAAUGCGCAACCUCUCUGGCUCAGUCCACAUCAAGGGAUCUGUAGCGUAUGUGCCGCAGGAGGCCUGGAUUCAGAACACUACUGUAAAGGAUAACAUCUUGUUUGGCUCAGAUGAGGAUGAGCAGAAGUUCCAGAGUGUAGUGGAAGCCUGUGCAUUACAGCCAGACCUGGAAUUACUUCCUGGUGGAGCUCAGACUGAAAUCGGCGAGAAAGGCAUCAAUCUGAGUGGAGGGCAGAAACAGCGAGUGAGUCUGGCUCGAGCGGCCUACAGCUCUGCGGAUGUGUUCCUGUUGGAAGACCCACUCUCUGCUGUUGAUGCUCAUGUGGGGAAACAUCUGUUUGAGAUGGUGAUUGGACCCAAUGGACUGCUUAAAGAUAAGACUCGUAUCCUGGUAACUCAUGGGAUCAGCUUUCUGCGACAUGUUGAUGAAAUAGUUGUCUUAGUGGAUGGCGUUGUGUCAGAAGUUGGGUCGUUCGACAGUUUGCGUGCCAGCAAGGGAGCUUUCUCUGAGUUCUUGGACACAUAUUCUAAAGAGGAGAACAAAUCUAGUGCACAAAAGGAAUCAGCUUCAGAUAUUGAGGAGGUUGAAAUUGUUCCUGAGAGUCACGAGCCACAACCUGACAGUCCUGCUGAGGAUGUAGUCGCUGUCAUGUUGAAGAGAGAAAACAGCUUACGUCACAGCCAGCGUCAUACAAUGCGCAAUGGCAGCCUAAAAGUAAGAAGGAACAGUUCAGCUAGACCUACAAAAGCUACAGAAGAGUCCAAGAAGGGGCAGAGGCUGAUUGAAAAGGAAACAAUGGAGACUGGAAAGGACAUGCUUACAGUGGACGAGAUGAUCCCCAUGUCUUUCCGUUCUUGGAUCCUCUGUCUGUUUGGCGUCCUUGGCACCUUAUUUGUCAUCUGUCUUGCCACUCCAAUUUUCACAGCAGUCAUUGUACCUCUUGCUGUGGUCUAUUUCUUUGUGCAGAGGUUCUAUGUGGCCACUUCAAGGCAGCUGAGGCGAUUAGACUCUGUUUCCCGUUCUCCCAUCUACUCCCAUUUUGGUGAAACGGUAUCUGGCCUUUCUGUCAUUCAAGCUUAUAGACAUCAGGAUCGCUUUCUGGAACACAACAAAGUCACUAUUGAUAACAACCUCAAGAGCAACUACCCUUGGAUUGUUUCUAAUAGAUGGCUAGCCAUCCGACUGGAGUUCCUGGGUAAUCUGGUGGUGUUUUUCUCAGCAUUGUUUGCCGUGAUAUCUCGAGAUUCCCUGGACAGUGGGUUGGUUGGACUGUCAAUCUCCUAUGCCUUAAAUGUGACUCAGACACUGAACUGGCUUGUGAGAAUGACUUCGGAGCUGGAGACGAACAUCGUUGCAGUGGAAAGGGUCAGCGAAUACACAGAGAUUAAAAAUGAGGCUCCAUGGCUCACAGAUAAAUGUCCUCCAAACGAUUGGCCCACUGCAGGGAAGAUUCGGUUUGAGGACUACAAGGUCCGAUACCGACUGGAGCUGGAGCUUGUUCUUCAUGGCAUCACCUGCAACAUUGAAAACACUGAAAAGAUUGGCAUUGUUGGCCGAACAGGAGCAGGCAAGUCAAGCCUGACCAACUGUCUGUUCCGCAUCAUGGAGGCAGCUGAGGGACAUAUCAUAAUAGACGGAAUCGACAUCUCCACCCUGGGCCUCCACACUGUCAGGAGCCGAUUAACAAUUAUUCCACAGGACCCUGUGUUGUUCUCUGGAACUCUACGGAUGAAUCUAGACCCUUUUGAGGUGUUUAGUGAUGAGGAGAUAUGGAACGUUUUAGAACUGGCUCACCUGAAGGAUCAUGUGGUGACUCUAGCAGCAGGGCUGCAGCAUUAAGUCGCAGAAGGAGGAGAGAAUCUUAGUGUGGGCCAGAGGCAGCUGCUGUGUCUGGCUAGGGCUUUGCUACGGAAGUCAAAGAUCCUGAUCCUGGAUGAGGCCACUGCCGCUGUUGAUUUAGAGACCGAUGAACUGAUUCAGAGCACCAUCAACCGAGAGUUCUCCCAAUGCACUGUUCUCACCAUCGCUCACCGCAUUCACACCAUCCUGAACAGCACACGGGUGAUGGUUCUGGAUGCUGGGAAAAUAGUGGAGUUUGAUUCCCCAGCUGUACUAUUUGAGAAGAACGGCCACUUUCAUGCCCUGGCCAGAGAAGCUGGAAUCUCAGCGAUACAGUACUCAGUGCUGUGAACUUUAUAGCAGUGCCUGAAUUGGACAUUGCACUUGACUUGGAAGUGAGAAGGUGCAGCUUUCAUGUAACUGUCCUUGUGUGGAUGUUUACAAUAUAGACAGCAAAGUUCAUGUUUGCCUCUUUGUGUGUAAGAUCUGUGCAUGUUAAUGUGCAUGUUUAUGUGUUUCCUUUUGCAUAGACUGUAAACAGGGUAGGCUAUAUGUAUGCAAGUAAUGCAACAUGUUUGUGUAGUGCUACAGCGGAAUGUGCCCAAACAUGUAUAAACUGCAAAAACGCAUUCAUCUCAAUAUUUUUUUUUCAAUAUCUGCAUUAUUUAUAAAUUGUUCCUCUUUUUCGAUAAGCCGUUACUUCAAUAAAUUGUUUAAAUUUAGUCAGUUAAACAAAAUUUCCUUUUAAUAAAUGGCAUCUAUGUUCUUUCCUUUUUUUAAACGUUAUUCUUGAUAGUGAUCUUUGCAGUAUUCAUUCCUUACAAGUGUUCAUAGUAUUCUGUUAAAGAUGUAACCAAACACAUUAUUCAGAAUGAACAGAUACUGUUUCUAAACAGAUGCAAAUACAGAUUUAAAAAAAAAAAAGAGCUAGUUUAAAAGGUUCACCGAGCACGAGACCAGAGGUGCACAUCAGGACUGAGAUCUGCGGGUUGCAGCAAAAAUGCUUCACAUGAGUUUUUUACAUUCCUGUGUGCAAAAGGGAGCUGUCAGAUAUGAAGCUUGCAAGGCAAAGAAAGACCCUGUCCAUUAACAUAAACAUGCAGAACUCCUGUGUAUUUAAAGCAUUCAUUCAUCUUUAGUAGCUGAUUUCUACAUGACCAUUUCUCCAUCUCCUUAGCAUUGCUGCUUUAUACCAGUCCUAUUUGCUUUGAUAUUAAUACAACCUGAUACCUCCACUGCUAUGUGGUGUGUAAGUCUUACAUAUAGAUUGAAUUUAUAAAGAAGAAUUAAUGCUAAUCAUUAAUAUAAGUGCAACUGAGUCCAGGUGAUCGAGACACAGUAUGACUGUAAAGAGAAUAGUUUUUGUUAUUUGUAAUAUAUAGCAUCUCUAUUUAUCAUAUCCAUAUACUGUAUGCUAGAGUAUCAACUGCUAAGUAUAUAUGUUCUUGGCUGACCAGACUGGAACCUAAUGUGGUCUUUGAGGUUGUAGUCCAUCUGCCUCAAGGUUCAACAUGUAGUGUUUUCUGAAUUGCAGCAUCCCAAAUAGUCUACAUGCUUAUUUGUUUAUUUACUGUAUUUAUUUCUAAAUGUCACAACCAGGUUGGUUAAAUUGUAAUAGAAACUAAACAAUGCAGCAGGACAUCUGUUUGAACUAUUGCUUCUUCCAUUCACAGCUAAUAAAAAGCUACAGAUUUCCA